AUGGCGAAUUCCAAAUCAAACCCUGCUCCGGUCGUCCUUCCUCCUAACUACACCUCAAUAAAACCCUCGGAAUCAUUUGCAUCCCCGGACUAUGGGAUAGUCACAUGGCAUACCCUGUUCUCGGCUCCGAACACCAACACCUCAGACAUGUCUGCCGGGAUAGCCGCCUGUCCGCCUCGAUCAGGCCACCUGUGCCCCCACAGACACAAACAAGCCGAGAUAUACUAUGUUAUUGAGGGGCAGGGGAAGGUCGCAAUUAAUGGGGUGGAAAGCACGGUUAGCAAGGGGAGCACAGUGUUCAUUCCCGGCGAUGCCGAGCAUGGGAUCGUGAAUACCGGGGAAAAGGAGCUGAAGUGGUUUUACGUGUUUCCCACUGGGUCUUUCGAAGAUGUUAUCUAUCGGUUCUCCAAGGAUGAGAAUGUGAGGAAGGAAACGGCGAAGCUUUAA